CCGUUCAACGUAAGAGCGGAAGUGACGAAGCGAAAGUAAACAAUCACAAGUUUCCUCGGUGGCCUCAUCGAACCUUUCUGGAUUCUUUUGCCUAAACAGGCGAGCUCGGGCCGGUCCGGACUGCAGAAAGGAUCACGUGACGCCAGAGUUCCGAACCUGCAUGUAGCUGUUCGGUCCAGGUGUGUAGGUUACGGCAGCUGAACCUGCAGCGGUCCUGAUCCAGGUUGAUGUCAGCAUCAGUAUGGUUCUAUAUCUCCAGCCUCCUGGCUCCAGAAGACACGAGUGGACGACUGUAGAGCUGAGGAGAAGUCCACCUGAGGAACCAGAUAUUAGCAGGAUCCUGAAGCUUCAGACAUGGAUUCCUGCUCUGAUCCUGACCUCACCAUCGUCCUCCUGGGAAACUCUGGUGUUGGUAAGAGCUCUUCAGGAAACACCAUCUUAGGACGAGCCGCGUUCGAGUCCAAGGCGUCUUUCAGUCCCAGUAAUGUCCCCGUCAGACAGGAAGCAGGACGAGUGUUUGGAAAACUGAUCCAAGUUGUUGACAUGGCAGGAAUCCUCGAGUUUGAGGAGCAGAUUAAAUCCUGCUGUGAGAAAGUCCUGCAAACCUUCAGACCUCAUCUGUUCCUGCUGGUGGUGAAAGUGGACCGGUUCACCACAGAGCAGAGGAAGGCAGUGGAGGCAGCCAUCAGGGUGGUUGGACAUCAGGCCUUCAAGCUGCUGUUUCCUGCUCUUCACACACGGAGACAGCCUGAAGAACACCUCGCUGCAGGACUUCAUCUUCAAGGACGACCAGAGCUCCCUUCCAGAUGUUGUUAGAAGGUUCUCUGAGAGGUUUCACAUGUUCAACAAUGAAGACGGAGGAAGACAGCAGGUCCAGGAUCUGCUGGUGAGGUCUGGACACUUGAAUAUUUCUUCAGCAGACGUUUCCAAUGAACCAUGUAACCAUGUAACCGGUCCGGAUGGUUCUGAUGUUCGAUGGUGGACAUCAGGGGUCUUCAGGAACCAUGGGACUGGUCCAGCUGAUGGUGGAUGCAUCAGGUUGAAGGAGAGAAGGAUCAUUCUGAUCGGACCUGCUGGAUCUGGGAAGAGUUCUGCUGGGAACACGCUGGGAACACGCUGCUGGGGUUCCAUCGGUUUGAACCUGACUGUGACUUUGAUGGAGUCAGACGGGGACCAGAGUGCGGUUCUGCAGAGGUGGACGGGGUCCAGCUCACUGUGGUGGACUCUGCAGGACUCCCAGGUGAAGGUCUGACUCUGGACCAGCUGGUCCGUGAAAUCAGUACCACGAUGGACCUGGCAGAACCAGGACCUCAUGUGUAUGUGUUUGUGGUGAAGAUCGGCUGGCUGUCCGGCGGAGACUCCCGGCUGCUCCGGAUCAUGACUCAGCUGCUUGACGGAAAUCUCUCCAAACAUGCCGUGGUGCUCUUCACUCACGGAGACGCUCUAGGAGGCCGGAGUAUCUCGGACAGGAUCCGGUCCAACCGCUGCGUGUCGGAGCUGGUGUCCCGCUGUGCAGGGAGACACUGCGUGCUGGACAACACUCGGACAGGAGACCAUCUGCAAGUGGAACGGUUCCUCCGGCUGAUAGACGAGACGAUUGAAGGGAACUCAGGACGUCACUGCAGCCCGGAGACCUUCAGACAAGCUGACAGGAAGUGGUCACGUGACCCAGAUCCCGGACAGACGCUCUGCAGCAGACUCUGGAUCGGAUUAUGCAAAUGUUUUCCUGCUGGCCUGGGUCUGCUGAGGGUUCUAUCUGCAGCUGGAUCAGUACAGACACUGCUGAUAGAUAUUGAUAUCCUAUCGAUACUUUUAUUGAUCCCAAUGGGCUACAUCCAAAGUUUAAGGACAUGAUGCUGGACCCAGGUUCUGCUGUGGGGGAAACAUCCAGACUCAGGAGUUUUAUGUUUUAAAAUCCAUCUUAUUAAACUGGGCCAGAUAAUCAAACCGGGCUGGGCUGAGGUUCAGAGUCUGACCUCUGCAGAGCGGCCCUCAGCUGUCUGCACUGACCUCAGAUCAGCUUCAUCAUCACUCCAGCUUCAACAGUGGCGGACUUAGUCAUUUGGGGCCCCCAGGCAAACCUUAGGGGCCCUCCCCCUAGUCUGCCGUAACGUACCAGUAGGUCCAGAGGGUUAAAGAUUCUGCAGGGCCGCCUGAGCUUCAUACCACAGUACUGUGAACCAGACAGAAGCGCAACAUAACUUCAAUACGACAAAACUACUCAUUAAAAUCUUUAUGGAAAAAACGUUGCUGUAUUAUUUUAAUAAAAAGGGUAGAGGUGAAAGUCCUACAUGAACAGAUUAUCAGAACUUUAUAUCAGGUCUUUUAGUUUCAGAUGAAACUUUGUAAAGAGCCUUGAGAUGACGUGUUGUGAAUUGGCGCUCUAGAAAUGAACUGAAUCAAGUGUCAACAGCUGAUGAAGAUCAGAUUAGUUUAUUAGUUUACUGGUUGCUGGAGUCUGGGUCAGAAAGGCUGCAGCUGCGUUUGGGUUUUGUUACUUCCAUGCAGAUGUUUUCCUAAAACUUGUUUUUUCUCUGCAUUACAUGUGCUGGGGGCUGCAUGGUGGCGCUGUUGGUAGCACUGUUGCCUUGCAGCAAGAAGGUCCUGGGUUCGAUUCCCAGCCGGGGGUCUUUCUGCAUGGA